CCUUCGGAGCCAUUCCGUGCCCUGAGGCCGCUCGGGGCAUCCCACCACGCUGCGAGCGGUGCGACUAGAGAUAAUCCCCGAUUUUCACAGGGCUCCGGCCUUUUCCUGCAGUUUUUCCUCCUCUUUCUUCUUUUCCCAUGCCCGCUGCUCCUCCUCUGCGCGGAGGGCGGAUGCUCCAGCACCAACAUGGCCGCCACCAUGAAGAAGGCGGCUGCAGAAGAUGUCAAUGUCACCUUUGAAGAUCAACAGAAAAUUAACAAGUUUGCAAGAAACACCAGCAGGAUCACAGAGCUGAAGGAAGAAAUAGAAGUGAAAAAGAAGCAGCUGCAGAACCUGGAGGAUGCCUGUGAUGACAUCAUGCUGCUGGAUGAUGCUGACACCCACCUGAUUCCCUACCAGAUUGGGGAUGUCUUCAUCAGUCACUCCCUGGAGGAGACUCAGGAGAUGCUGGAGGAGGCCAAGAGGAGUUUACAGGAGGAAAUUGAAGCGCUGGAGUCGCGAGUGGAGUCCAUCCAGAGCGUGUUGUCUGACCUCAAAGUUCAGCUCUAUGCAAAGUUUGGAAACAACAUCAAUCUGGAGGCUGAGGACAGUUAAAGCUCUUCUAAACACAACACCCAAUUUUUCCUUAGGUUAUUAAAUGUUUUGAUAACAUUACUGCAAUUAUAUUUGAGAACAGAAAAUCCAUCCCUUUCCUUUUGUUGUUUUUUUUUACUUCCCUGUAAAGUUCUGUAUAUUUAAUAAGAACUUUCUUAUUUUGGUUAUUGCAGCUAUUUAUUUAUUCAGGAAAACACUGACUUCACAUUGCUGGUAAAGCAUCAAGAUUGGAAUAUCUGCAUUGUUUAUUAAGGCAAUAAAGCCAGGCAUGUAUUGGA